UAAACCAACCUUGUUAACCCUUUUGUUACGGAUCCCACAGCGCGACCGAAGUAAGUGAGAAAGACUAUUCGUGGUCAAAACACCAGAACAUCUAUCCAGAUUUCCCAGAGCAUCCCGUCCCAACAAGCCUACCUCGUCACAAUGGCUCGCCAUAUCCCCAGUCCUUCGACAGCACGCACGGUGCUUUUGUUCGGACCACAAGCUCUUUCAUUUGACGCCACCUCCUUCGACAAGCUCCGAUCUUCCGUACUAAGCAGUGACAGCCAUCAUUGGGUACUGGAUAUCAUCAAGGAGCUCCCCGGCCUGUGGGACACGCUUGCCGCGCAGUUCCCGAAGCUACAGUCCAUCGCUGGUUCGCAAUGGCUGGCAGAUCUUGCAGGCUGGUUCGAGACCGGCGCCAUGGCCCAGAGGGAACGGGCGCCUCUUCCCAACGCGGUUCUGAGCCCGCUGGUCGUCAUCACACAACUAACCGAAUAUUCGGAAUACGUGAGGCUCACCGGUUCCAAACAUCAAGACUCACAAGCCCCGCGCCAUGAAUGGGGCGUUUCCCGCUCAGACACCGAGACCAUCGGAUUCUGCACUGGCAUCCUGAGCGCCAUAGCAGUGUCGUGCUCCGAGGACCAGUCACAGUUUGCACAGUUUGGCGGAGUAGCCGUCCGUCUCGCCUUGCUCAUCGGGGCGUUGGUCGACGCCCAGGAUGCGUCGGACAGCGAGGGGCCGUCCAGGUCUUUGGCGACUGUGUGGAAAUCACGCCAGUCGAAGGCGGAGUUGAUGCGGAUCUUGGGGCAAUUUCCCGAGACAUACAUAUCCGUCCUCUAUGACGAAAAUAGGGCGACGGUGACGACUUCGAAGAAGACCGCUUCGGCACUGGAGUGGCAGCUCAGGGCGGCGGGCGUGCAUGUGGCCGAGAUUGGGCUCCGCGGUCGCUUCCACUGCGAUUACUACCAGAGCGGCUUCGAGCAGUUGCUAGAGUUCUGCGAAACGCAACCGGGGUUCCAGUUCCCGGAUGCGUCCGGCCUAGUCUUACCAACGUGGGCGAAUUCGGGCCAUCUGAUCACCCAUGGCAAGCUCCACCACGUCGCCCUGCGCACCAUCUUGACGGAACAGCUGGAUUGGCACCGCACCUUCGCCGCCGUUCAGUCGGCACGGCUGGGGAACAAAGAGGCCUCCGUUAUCUCUUUCGGGCCCGAACGGUGCAUCCCGCCGUCCCUCAUCCCGAGCCUUGGCGCCCGGAUUUUGUACUUGGACGAAUUCCAGGCGACGGCCAACAAUAUUACUGGCCUCGGCGCCAGUUCUCUCGAUUCGGCACCGUCGAUGAACAAGAUGCAUCACGGCUCGGACAAUGACAUUGCCGUGGUUGGCAUGUCUUGCAAUGUUGCCGGUGCCGAAGACCUCGAGCAAUUCUGGAAGAUUCUCGUCCAGGGCAAGUCCCAGCAUCAAGAGGUCCCGGGCGACCGCUUCGGAUUCGAGACAGCCUUUCGUGAGGCCGACCCGGCCAAGAAGUGGUACGGCAAUUUCAUAAGCAACCACGACGCCUUUGACCACAAAUUCUUCAAAAAGACCCCGCGGGAGGUCGCCUCGAUGGAUCCGCAGCAGAGGAUCCUGCUGCAGACUGCCUACCAGGCCCUCGAGCAGUCCGGAUAUUUCGAGCCCACACGCGCCGACGCAGACCGGAACAUUGGGUGCUAUGUGGGUGUCUGCGCAACCGACUAUGAGUAUAAUGUCUCCUGCCAUGCGCCGAAUGCCUUCUCGGCGACAGGGAACCUGAGAAGCUUCAUUGCAGGCAAGGUCAGCCACUACUUUGGCUGGACGGGCCCUGGGCUGACCAUUGACACGGCCUGCUCGGCGUCUGCCGUUGCCAUUCACCAGGCGUGCCAGGCCAUUCUCAACGGCGAGUGCUCCGCCGCGUUGGCGGGCGGCACAAAUAUGAUGACCCAGCCGCUGUGGUUCCAGAAUCUGGCUGCUGCAUCUUUCCUCAGCCCUACAGGGCAGUGCAAACCAUUUGACGUCAAGGCUGACGGCUACUGUCGCGGAGAAGGCAUCGCCGUUGUGUUCCUCAAGAAAAUGUCCUCAGCUAUUGCAGACGGGGAUCAGAUCUUCGGGACCAUCUCUAGCACUGCCGUAUACCAGAACCAGAACUGCACGCCCAUCUUCGUCCCAAACGCCCCGUCACUGUCGGAUCUCUUCCGGGGCGUCCUCCACAAGGCCGGACUCGAAGCGAACCAGGUCUCUGUGGUGGAGGCGCACGGGACGGGUACUCCUGUGGGAGAUCCGGCCGAGUACGACAGUAUCCGCCAGGUAUUUGGCGGGAUUCCGCGCCCGAGACCUCUCCAGUUUGGAUCUGUGAAGGGCCUGAUAGGCCACACGGAGGGAACUUCAGGUGUUGCCUCGUUGGUCAAGGUCCUCCUCAUGAUAAACGAGGGCUACAUCCCCCCGCAGGCCAGCUUCAGCACAAUGAACCCCGCCAUCAAGGCCUUGCCAGCUGACAACAUGGAGAUCCCGACGGCCCUGAAGCCGUGGGACGACGAUUUCAGAGCCGCCCUGAUCAACAACUACGGGGCCUCGGGUUCGAAUGCCUCCAUCGUGGUGACACAGGCGCCCAGGCUUGGCCCGCAGUUCCACCCGAAACCUGACUCAGGGGCCACGCAGGGAGAGCAGUUGAAGUAUCCCUUCUGGUUUUCUGGCUUCGACGACCGGAGCCUUCGUGCCUAUUCCAAAAAGUUCCGCCACUUUUUGAACUCGCAGACAAUCUCGGCCAAGUCCCGAACCAUCGAGAACCUCUCCUUCAACGUUGCCCGACAAUCCAAUAGGUCACUCGGCCACUGCCUGAUUCUCAGCUCUCCCUCCAUCCAGGACCUCGCCGAGAAACUCCAGGCCUUCGAGAGCGGAGACGUGACAGUACCCUCGACGAUGCAGCAGCCAUCCAGGCCCGUCAUUCUCUGCUUCGGCGGGCAGAUCUCCACGUACGUGGGCCUCAGCCGCGGGCUGUUCGACAGCGUCGAGAUACUACGCCGCUACCUCGAUCAGUGCGACUCCAUCUGCAUCUCGCUCGGCGCCGGAAGUAUCUACCCCGGGAUCUUCGAGCGGGAGCCCAUCGCGGACCCGACGAAGCUCCAGGGGAUGCUGUUUGCCCUGCAGUACUCGUGCGCCAAGAGCUGGAUCGACUGCGGCAUCCGACCGGCGGCCGUAGUCGGGCACAGCUUUGGCGAGUUGACGGCCCUGUGUAUCUCGGGUGUACUGAGUCUGAGAGACGCUCUGAAGAUGGUCAUUGGCCGAGCCAACAUCAUCAGGGAUUCGUGGGGCCACGACAAGGGAUCCAUGAUGGCGGUGGAAGGUGAUCUUGACCAAGUCGAGGCCCUGUUGGCCGAGUCGAACAAGACAUGCGAGGGGAGCCCGGCUUCGAUUGCUUGCUUCAACGGUCCCCGCAGCUUCACACUUGCGGGCCCCUCGCGGUCUAUUGACGCCGUCUCCGACAUCCUCUCGACGAGCCCGGCUUACUCGUCGAUUCGUUCCAAGAAGCUGAACGUGACAAACGCCUUCCAUUCUUCCCUUGUGGAACCCAUCAUGGCUGAACUCGAACGGGUCGGCAGGGACCUCCAGUUCAAGGAGCCAAGCAUCAUCCCCUUGGAGAGAGCUGCCGAGGCAAAGACGGUGGAGCAGCCCACGGCAAAUUUUGUGUCGGAGCACAUGAGAAAUCCCGUGUACUUCAACCAUGCCGUCCAGAGGCUGGCCAAGGAGUAUCCCUCCAGCAUCUGGCUUGAAGCCGGAUCGAACUCCACCAUCACUACGAUGGCAAGCCGAGCCCUAGGGUUGCCACGAGACAGCCACUUCCAACCCGUCAACAUAACCAGCAGUAAUUCCAUGCAACAGCUCAUAGACACGACCGUGAGUCUCUGGAAGGCGGGCUCGAGAGUCACCUUCUGGGGCCACUCGGCAGUGCAAACAUACCAUUACGCCCCCCUGGUAUUGCCGCCCUACCAAUUUGACAAGACACGGCACUGGAUUGAGUUCAAAAAGCCUCCAAAGGCCGCAGAAGCCGAUGCGAUAACCAAUGUCCAGUCAGGACCACAAAGCGAGGACCCAAAGACCCUCUGGACCUUCACCGGCUACCAGGACAACAAGCAGCAACAUCCUCGCUUCCGCAUCAACACGACCAUUGAGAAAUACCUCUCCAUCGUCUCCGGCCACGUCAUCGCCCAGACAGCGCCCAUCUGCCCGGCCACCCUGCAAGUCGACAUGGCAAUCGAAGCCCUCCUGAGCCUGCACCCCUCGCUCGCCGCGCCGGCCCUGCUCCCGCAGAUCCGCAACGUCAGCAACCAGGCCCCAGUCUGCAUUGACCCGUCCAGACAAGUCUGGCUGGACUUUGAGCCGCUCGACGAGGCCAACAACCUCACCUGGCGCUGGAAGAUCACGAGCUCGGGCGCCGGUAGCACAACGACGCACGUCACGGGCGAGCUCGCCUUCCGGGCCGCAGCCGACGCGGCGUACCUGCUCGAGUUCGGACGGCUUGAUCGCCUGUUCAGCCACCGGCGGUGUGUGGACGUGCUGGACAGCCCCGAUGCCGACGAGAUCAUCCAGGGGCGCAGCAUCUACCGAGUGUUCGCGUCGGUGGUCGACUACAGCGAGCAGUUCUUCGGUCUGCAGAAGCUGGUGGGGAAGGGGAACGAGUCGGCCGGGCGGGUUGUCAGAAGGCACUCUGGCGAGGGGUGGCUCGACCCGUUCCUCGGCGACUGCUUCAGCCAGGUUGGAGGCAUCUGGGUUAAUUGCAUGACGGACAAGGAUCCGGGGGAUAUGUACAUUGCCAAUGGGUUUGAGCAGUGGAUGCGGUCGCCUAGGUUCUAUGGCGGUGAAGACAGUGGCGGCAGCAGGCGUCCGGAGGUGUGGCAUGUGCUCGCCCACCACGACCGUGUGGCCUCGGGCUUCAUCACGGAUAUCUUCGUGUUUGACCCGGCGAGCGGUGCGCUGGCUGAGGUGAUCCUGGGCAUCAGCUACGCCAAGGUGGCAAAGUUGUCCAUGUCCAAGCUCCUAGCGAGGCUCUCGGCGCCGGGUGUGGCAAGAUCAACGGUGCAGGGGGGCACCGGGUCGCUUCCGGGGAGCGCUCCAGCACAGUGGGCGGAGUCGAAUUCGGCUCCCCCGAUGACAUCGCAGCAACCCACAGUCCCCGGGGAGACUCCGGCAAGGCGCGAGAAGACAUCGUCAGGAAGAAGCGAGGUCUCAGGGAAAUUGAAGGCGGUCCUAGCUGACAUUUCCGGCCUCGAGCCCCACGAGAUCAAGGACGACGUCGAGCUGGCCGAUAUCGGGAUCGAUUCGCUGAUGGGCAUGGAGAUGGCCCGCGAGGUCGAAGAGACGUUCAAAUGCACCCUAUCUACCGAUGAUCUGAUGCAAGUGACCGACUACCGGGGUCUCCUGCGGUGUCUCCAGAAUGCUCUGGGCAUCUCCAACGACGGCAGCUCGGCGAGCGAGGAGGGCGAUCUAGACGACGAUGACGGUAACACGUCGGAUGCGAAGGGGUCUUCCGACAGUCAGGGCGAUUACACCACCCCGUUCUCAACCAAUACCACUUCGUUUGCUGCAAGCCCAGUCGGAUCCUCGGUCAACCUGUGUGGCACCGGCAAAGCCCCAGACAUACGGAACGGCACUAGAACCGGCGAUCUCAAUCUUCCCCCAUCCGCCAUCCUCGAAGCCUUCGGAGAGUCCAAGAAACUCACCGACCAGUUCAUCGAGGAUUACCGGUGUGCCGGAUACCUCGCAUCCAUCAACCCGAAGCAGACACAGCUCUGCGUCGCACUCACCGUCGAGGCUUUCCAACAACUGGGCUGCGAUCUUGCUUCGGCCAGCGCAGGACAGGAAUUGGAGCGGAUUCAUCACGUUCCCGAGCAGGGGAAGCUCGCAGAGUAUCUCUACAGGAUGUUAGAGGAGACCCGGAUCAUCGACAUGGAUGGCGACGAGCCACGCAUUACUCGCACCGCUAUCCCUAUCGGUCCCACGGCCAGCGAUGCGAUCCUGCAAGAUCUAGUUCGGAACUACCCCGACCAUUCCUUCGCAAACCAGCUGGCCUAUUGGACGGGAUCAAGGCUGGCCGACGUCCUGACGGGUAAGGCAGACGGGCUCAAGCUCAUCUUCGGAAGCGAGAAGGGGAGGGAGCUGGUAUCGGGGCUCUAUGGCGACUCCCUGCUCAACAAGUUGUCAUACAAACAGAUGUCCGACUUCCUCACCAGGCUAAUCUCCAAGAUGCCGCAGACCGGCCCCCUCAAGAUCCUCGAGAUGGGAGCCGGGACCGGCGGAACGACAAAGUGGCUGGUGCCCAUGCUAGCGAGCCUCGGCGUGCCGGUGGAGUACACCUUCACCGACCUCUCGGGGUCAUUCGUGGCGGCAGCGAGGAAGAAGUUCAAGGAAUACAGCCGGUUCAUGAACUUCCGGGUGCACGACAUCGAGAAGCCGCCCGCCGACGAGCUCCUGCACUCGCAGCACCUCAUCAUCGCCAGCAACGCCGUGCACGCGACGCACAGCCUGUCCGAGUCGACGACCAACAUCCGCAAGAUGCUGCGCCCCGACGGCGCGCUGCUGAUGCUGGAGAUGACCGAGACGAUCCACUGGGUGGACGUCAUCUUCGGCGUGCUCGAGGGCUGGUGGCUGUUCGACGACGGCCGCACCCACGCCAUCGCGCACGAGUCCCGCUGGGAGCGCGAGCUGCACGCCGCCGGCUACGGCCACGUCGACUGGACCGACGGCUGCCACCCGGAGACCAACAUCCAGAAGAUCUUUAUCGCCCUGGCCUCGGGUGAGAGGCUGGAGCGUCUGCCGGCAGCGGAACCCAAGGCGGUGCAGGACCAGGCAGAGCAGCUCGAGGCACGCAGAGAGGCGACGGAUGAAUACGUCCGGGGCAGCAUCGCCGGUUUCCUCCCCCCCACCAUCCCCGCAGGCCGUCCCAACCUACCCGCAACAACCUGCGUCAUGGUGACGGGAGCAACCGGCAGCCUGGGAGCACACCUAGUCGCCCACCUCGCCCGGCAGGCCGACGUCGGCAGCAUCAUCUGCCUAAACCGCCGCAGCCCGGUUGACCCGGUACUCCGCCAGAGGCAGGCGCUAGAGCAGAGGGGGAUCUCCCUCGACGAGCAAGCCCUGUCGAAGCUGAAGGUGGUCGAAGCCGACACGGCCAAGCCCCAGCUGGGCCUCGGGCAAGACCAGUACCACGCCGACCUCGUGGGCAGCGUCACACACAUCGUGCACAACGCAUGGCCCAUGAGCGGCAAGCGGCCACUGCGGGGCUUCGAGUCUCAGUUCCGCGCGAUGCGACACCUCCUCGACCUUGCGCGCGACAUCUCGUGCCAGCGGCAGGGCUCCAAGGUCAGCUUCUUAUUCGUCUCGUCCAUCGCGACCGUUGGGCACUACCCUCUAUGGACCGGCAGCGCGGAUGUGCCGGAGGACCCGGUGGACAUCCGGUCCGUGCUGCCGAACGGGUACGGCGACGCCAAGUUCGUAUGCGAGCGCAUGCUCGACGAGACGCUGGGGCGGUACCCGUCGCGCUUCCGGGCGGCAUCGGUGCGCCUGGGCCAGGUGGCCGGGUCGGGGACCAGCGGGUACUGGAACGAGGCGGAGCACUUCUCGUUCCUGGUCAAGUCGUCGCAGACGCUGCGGGCGCUGCCCGAUCUCGGCGGCUUGCUGUCGUGGACGCCCGUCGAUAGCGUCGCCGCCACAUUGGCCGACCUGGUGCGAGUCGACGAUGACGACGACGCGCCGCAAUACCCGGUCUACCACGUCGACAACCCCAUGCGCCAGCCGUGGCCGGAGAUGAUUGCCGUUCUCGCGGAUGAGCUGGGCAUCCCCGCCACGCGCGUCGUCCCGUUCGCGGAGUGGAUCAGGCGGGUGCGCGCCUUCCCCGGCGCGGUGGAGUGGGACAAUCCCGCGGCCAAGCUGGUGGAUUUCCUUGAUGACGACUUCGUCCGCAUGUCGUGCGGCGGCGUCUUGUUGGAUACGGCGAGGAGCAGGGAGCACUCGCCGUCGCUGAGGGGGGUUGGCCCGGUCAGUGCCGGUGUGGCGAGGAAGUACAUUCAGGCCUGGAGAGACACUGGAUUUCUGCGUCGGUAGAUGAGAGCGGUGAUGUCAACAGACUGUUAAUUUAUAGAUUAGUUAUAGCUCUAGUAAUGUAGCAUGUUGUAUGUGUGAAACUUAGCAUUGCACUUGGCAAUCAAUUAA